CUCUCUCUCUCUCGCGCUCGCUCUCCCUCUCCCUCUCCCUCUCCUCUAUCCCUCGCCCCUCUCUCUUUCUCGCUCUCUCUCUUCGAGGCGGCUCUGCCCAUUCCCCCCCCCUCUUCUUCUGUCAGAUUAGAUCUCUCUCCUCUCUCUCUCUCUCUCUCUCCAUAUCGGUUGGUUCAGUCGGAUCUGGGACGGUGAGGGGGAUCGUUCUCGAUCGAUUCUUCUGCGCUCGCGGGGGGUGGUGGGGUCCCUUUUUUUUUCGGGUCGAGAGACCGCCAUGGUCCCUGGUACGCGCGACGCGACGAGCCAGCCCUCCCAUGCCUCCGCCGCCUCCGCCGAGGAGGAGGCCCUCAAGCGGAACACCGAUUGCGUCUAUUUCCUCGCCUCUCCUUUGACCUGCAAAAAGGGAAGUGAAUGUGAGUACCGCCACAGUGAAUAUGCCAGGGUUAAUCCCAGAGAUUGCUGGUAUUGGUUGAAUGGCAGUUGCUUGAAUCCAAAGUGUGCUUUCCGUCAUCCUCCCCUUGAUGGCUUAUUGGGAGCGCCAGCUGCAGUGCCGGGUGGAUCUUCUUUGCCAGUGCAGCCACCAGCAAUGCCACCGGCAAUGCCACCCGCAAUGCCACCUGUGGCACAGGCUUCUUACAAUUCUGGAAAACAACCAGUACCCUGUGUAUUUUUCCAGAAGGGAAUUUGCUUGAAAGGCGACAGAUGUGCCUUCCUGCAUGGAACAAACACUGUGGUUAGCAAAGUGCAGCAGGCACCGGCAUCAUCGCCUGUUAAUGAUUCUUCUACGGUAAAGAAACCUUUUGGCAGCCUAGAGAAAUGUUCUCAAGGGCAGAAGGUCCCACCAAACGCCUCUAAACUAACAUCUCGACCAUCUGAGUUAAAGCCCUUUCCAAAAGUUGAAAAUGCUAUACCGAGAAAUGAGGUAAGCAUAGAAAAAAGUGCACCACCAUCACUGCCUCCCCCCAGAAUCAUCGAUGAAGGUGCCUCUAGAUAUAGGCCUUCAAGCACCCCUACUGUAAAUGGAAACUUGCAGAACAGGACUAGUCGAUUGCAUCAGCCUGUUGUUGCAGACGACUACCAUAGCUCACACAAAGACAAGGAGGCUGAUGAAUAUCUCAGGGAGUCCUCUCCUGGUUUUGAUGUUCUUGUGGAUGAUGAGCUCGGAGAGUCUGAUUAUUAUCACAAUGAUGAUCAAUUUGGAAGAGGAAGAACCCAUGAAGGACGGAACAUAGGCUCUGUGACUGAUUAUGACUUGGAUCACCCUGGAGAUUAUAGUGCGGAUAUUGAGCAUGAGAUGUUCCGCGAUCCACGUGCAUAUGACUCUUUUGAUCGCAGGUACGGUUGGGAUCAGCGGCAGGAUUCAUCUGAUCUUAUUCUUGGUGGGCCCAUUCUUCGAGAUAGGAGGGCAUACCCAAAGAGCGACAGCCCUGAGCAUGCGGAUGAUUCUGAUCUGCGUCACCGAUUGUCAAAGCACAGGAGGGUCAAUGGUUUGAGGUCAGUUGUUGUCCCUGACAGCCAUGUUGCUGAUAGAACUUAUCGCGGGUCUUCUCGGAGGGAUUCACAGCACUCAUCUUCGCAUGAGGGCCAAGGUAGCAGCCGUCUUAAGGGUAGGAUAAAGUUUCCGGGGAGACUCAAUGGGGGGGAUGUCAACUCAGAUAGGGAGACGGAGACAGGAAGGAACCCGGGGAGAUCAUAUCAAGGUGUUAAUAGGCUUAGAGAUAGACUAAAGGGCAGGGCACAGGAUGAUUACAACGUGGAGGCAAGGAAUUUUCAAGGCCCUCGGAUGAGAAGGGAAUCAGUAGAUGAAAAGAGUAUCAAUUUUGUGGGUCCGAAAAGUCUUGCAGAGUUGAAAGGCCUGGGACGUGGUCAAGAAUCAUCACCUUCCAUGGGAAAGCAGCAGAAUUGUUCGCUGGACCAACCAUUGGGAGAUGUCUCUUUCGAGGGGCCAAAGCCCCUUAGUGUGCUUUUGAAGAGGAAGAGAGAACCUGAAGGUACAGGUUCUGGGUCCAGAUCAUCUGCAAGCAAGGAAGAGCAUAGUCACGAGGUGAACUCCCAGAAGCAUGGCGAUCUCACAAUUCAUCCCAAGGAAGAGGAAGACAGCUAUAAAUCCAAAUCUGGCACAGCUGAUGCUGUUGGUAGUAACAAAGAUCACACUGAAGGAGCCAGCAGUGCUGUUCAUGGAGAGAUUGAGAAUGAAGACGGAAUGAUCGUCGAAGAUGCAACGGAAGACCCUGAGCUCGGAGCUGAUGAUCAAAGGGACGGGGACUAUUAUGAACAAGGUGACGAAGGAGACUACAACUAUGAAGAAGGUGAAAAUGCUGAAGGGGAUGGGGAAGAGGAGGAAUAUCUGGAUGAUGAAGACGGAGAUGACUUCGCAAAGAAAGUCGGGGUCAUGUUUUCGUGAGCGCAGGGAGGCUGAAUCUGCUGGGGGAUUGGUUGGUUCAGCUAAUAUGGAUUUACCAUGAACUUUAGAGUUUCCUAUCCUCAUUUGUGCUGUUUUGAAACCUUUUUAAUUUGUUGUAUUUAAAGCCUUUGAUGAUCGAAUGGGAUUUUUCUUAUGCUUAUGGCAUUUGUCGUGCCCAUUUACUCAGAAGUUUGCUAAAGUGAAUGUACCGCUAGGAAAUUAAUAAGAAUCGCAGUUUAACCUUUCAUCA